AGGGGAGGAAGUGCCAGCUCGCACAUUCAGAGGGACUCUCACUCUCCUUCACUCUCCUGAGCCUCCUCUGCUCUUUGCUUCCUCUUGACCGACACUUGCUGAAUACAAAGCCCUGCUCGAAUAGCCAUGUCACAGUUCAAUUACAGCUCUCGUUCGGCAUCCGGCCCUAGUGGGAUCACUCAGGUCCGGGUCAGCUCUGUCUCAUCCUCUCGUGGAGUAGGAGGGGGAAGCAGCUUUCGGAAACCCGGGGGCUUUGGCAGUGCCAGUCUCUACAGCCUGGGCUCUGGCGCCAAUAGGAUUUCUUUCCACAAUGCCCCGGCUACAUUCAGAUACGCCAGCAACCUUGGAGCUGGGUUUGGUGGUGGACUUCCAUCGCCAGGCAUUCAAGAGGUCACCAUCAACCAGAGCCUUUUGUCCCCCCUCCACCUGGAAAUUGACCCCACUAUCCAGAAGGUGCGCAAGGAAGAGAAGGAGCAGAUCAAGACCCUCAACAACAAAUUUGCAAGCUUCAUUGACAAGGUCCGGUUCCUUGAGCAGCAGAACAAGAUGCUGGAGACCAAGUGGAACCUGCUGCAGGAGCAGAAGACCACCCGGAGUAACAUUGCGCCCCUCUUUGAAAUGUACAUUAGCAACCUGCGGAGGCAGCUUGACAGCCUGCUGAAUGACAAAGGCCGCCUGGAGGGAGAGCUGAGGAACAUGCAGGAUCUUGUGGAGGAUUUCAAGAACAAAUAUGAAGAUGAAAUCAACAAGCGCACAACAGCAGAGAAUGAUUUUGUUGUGCUUAAGAAGGAUGUUGAUGCUUCCUACAUGAAUAAGGUAGAGCUAGAGGCCAAAGUAGAUGGACUGACUGAUGAGAUAAACUUCCUGAGAUCACUUCAUGAAGCAGAAUUGCGUGAGCUGCAAACACAGAUCUCCGAUACAUCUGUUGUCCUUCAAAUGGACAACAAUCGUAACCUGGACUUGGACAGCAUCAUUGCUGAGGUCAAAGCUCAGUAUGAAGAAAUUGCCAAUAAGAGCCGGGCUGAGGCAGAAAGCUGGUACCAAAGCAAGUAUGAGGCCCUGCAAGUCACCGCUGGAAAGCAUGGGGAUGAUCUACGGAGCACCAAGACUGAGAUUGCAGAACUGAACCGUGCCAUUCAGAGGCUGCAGGCGGAGAUUGACAACGUGAAGAAUCAGCGUGCCAAGCUGGAAGCGGCCAUUACCGAGGCCGAGGAGCGUGGGGAGCUGGCGAUCAAAGAUGCCAAGGGAAAACUAGAGGAGCUGGAGGCUGCUCUCAACAAAGCCAAGCAAGAGAUGGCCCGCCAGCUGCGGGAGUACCAGGAGCUGAUGAAUGUCAAGCUGGCCCUGGAUAUUGAGAUUGCCACCUACAGGAAGCUGCUGGAAGGAGAGGAGAGCCGGCUGUCUGGCAGUGGAGUUGGAUCUGUGAGCAUGACUGUGCUCAACACCAGCGGUGGAGGCGGUUUCGGCUACGGAGGAGGACUCAGCUUGGGGAGCGGAAUGGGCAGCGGAGGAGGCCUCAGCUUCUCCUCUGGAGGUGGCGGCUCAGGCAGCGUGAAAUCGACCUACAGUGUGACCACAAGCACAAGCCGGAGAAGCACCAGAAACUAAGCUGAAGCACGCCAGAGCCAUCAGUGCCUGAAGGAAAGGAAAGACGUGGCAUUGCAAAGAAGAUAACGGGGAGGGAGGGAGGGUGUGUGUGUGCGUGCGUUUUUCAUUGUCUCCCAGCAGCCAGGCUUGAAAUGCUGAUACUGUACUUUCCGUGACCCUUGCCCACUUCAGUUCCACCACAAAACACUAACUUCCAAGAGAACCUUGCUGUUUAUUGCACUAACAGCACAAUUAACCUGGAGAGUGAAAAUUGGAACCAGCCUUCCCCAACCCCUCACCUUCCAGCAUGCUGGCCUACAAUUUUCAUUGCCCACAAGCACUGUGGACAUUAUGGCUGUCAUUCAGCAUAUUCUGGUGGGGCCAAGGUUGGAAAAGGCUGUUUAAAACUGUACAGAUCUAUUUCACAUCAUCUAUUUUGAUGCAGGAAUUGCCUUCUGUAGCAAUUGCUCUGACCCCCCUCCCUCAUUUUCCAUGGAAGUAAAAAAAAUAUGAAUGUCACAAAAAUAAAAAUGCGCAUU